CGAGUGGACGUGUACGCCAGUCGGAGUUUUAUCGAUUUUCGUUCCAACAUAGAGAGUACACAGUGCUGGUGCUGCUACUUGGGCUUCACACUUUUGUUGACAGUGCCCGUGUGUUCAAAGCAGCAGGCCAAGAAGUGCGCACUUCCCGGUGGAAUCGCUUCGAAAAGCGGAUGUUUACGGCACAACCGUGUGACGUUAUUGACGCUGCGUUAAAUGACGGAAACAGAGCGACGAUACAGCGAAUGAUCUGCGAGUUGCCGCUGUAGAGCAGCAUUCCUGACAUCAAUUCGAUAGAAUUCAACAGGCAAACCAGGAGGCUGUGCGAUUAGAUCGCGGAACCCCGCAAAAACAGCUCCACUAAACAGCCAUUUGUACGAAACGAGUUCGACGCAUAAAAACCCACCGUGAAAUUGGUUUUGUUUUCGUUGGUGUGCGAAAAUGUCACGAUUAGGAAAGAUCCUUCGACACGUUGCGCUGUCCAUCGGCGCUGUGGUAGUAGUGGUGUGAUUAGAAAGCGACAAGUAGAAGGAAAAAAGUGCGAGCUGCGAAUUCUGACAGCUGCGAACGAAUAUUAUUUUGACAGCGUUGUGGGUUGUUUGUUUACCGCUCGGGACGGGCAAAUGUAAAAGUGCAUUUAAUUCGCGUUUCGCCUCACCAAUCGACAUCACCGUUUGGGUGGCUCCUGCUGCUGUGCAAUCGAUUGUCCCAGCUGCAUUUGCGCACUAUUUUCCCGUUCUUGUUAUUGGAGCCGUGAUACGAUCCUGCGGGUGCAAAACAAAACAUUAGCGAAAAGAGGUGUUGCGUUUGGGAGUAGGGCAUACGUGUCGUCCUAAAGAUAUUGUCCGAGCUGCGGAGGAAAGAUUAGCGGAGGAAACAGAUGGUUGAGGCAUAUGUGUGUUGAUACAGUGUUCAAAGUGUUGUCGAUUUAGAUGAAAGUAUUUGCUACAAAAGCUGUUUAUUCAGCACAAAGUGUUUUCGCGUUCGCUUUCAAGUGUGUUCCCGUGGGUUUGUGUGUGAUAACAAAAUAUUAAAUCCGAGAAAAUCAGAGAGAAAAUCAGUGCAUAUUCAACUCACAUUUCAUGGCGCUAGUAAUACAGCAGCAAGGUCAAUGUUUUUACACAUCGCACCACAAAGGGCCAAAUCGAUUGAUCUAGUGAAAAAGGUGUUUAUGUGGUGAUUCAGCCGUGAGCGUACUUGAAAAGUAGUAGCGAAAAACACAAACAAGAACGAAUAUCAAACGUUGUUUUGAAGUCACCGAGAAACGUCACCAGAGCGAGAAAAAAGGGUACACACUCACGCGUGUUCUUCAAACAUACUUCUUUGAUUUAAAAUCGUCUACGGGAGCGGCCUCCAAACUCCAAACUCCGUCCACAACUUCAACAGAACUACACAGACAUGGCGCCGAAAUCGAGAAAAAAGAAGGCAAACGCGCGAGUACUAACCUGCUAUUGCGAAGGUCACUGUCCGGGAGAUGUGCAGAAUGGGACGUGCGAGACCCGGCCGGGUGGUUCCUGUUUCGCCUCGGUUGAGGCAGUGCUGGACGAGGAAACGAAGCAGAUCGUACCGGAGUGGAGUCAUGGAUGUAUGUCACCGGAACAGGGUGGUGGAUUGCUACAGUGCAAAGUCGGUACAGUGUCCCCACAACUGCACGGCAAAAGUAUCGUAUGCUGCGACAGCGAGGAUCUCUGCAAUCAGGACCUGAAACCGUACUAUAGUCCGCGUACGACGACGACACCCGAACCGCCACUAGUGAAUACGAACAGUAUACCACUGUUUGCGCUCAUCAUUUCCGUCGUCCUCUGCGUGGCUGGGCUCGUAAUGCUGCUCGGUGGCAUCUACUGUGUGUACCGAAGGCGCGAAAAGCGAAAACCGGCCUACCUGAUGAACUCGCUGUACAACACCACCAACGGCCAUCUACCGAUAGCGGAUCUGGUGGAACAAACGAGUGGCAGCGGAUCGGGAUUGCCCCUGCUCGUACAGCGAACCAUUGCCAAACAGAUCCAGAUGGUCCAUUCGGUCGGCAAGGGCCGGUACGGUGAGGUGUGGCUGGCCAAGUGGCGCGACGAGAAGGUGGCGGUCAAGAUUUUCUUCACCACCGAGGAAGCGUCCUGGUUCCGGGAGACCGAAAUCUACCAGACCGUGCUAAUGCGCAACGAAAACAUUCUCGGGUUCAUUGCGGCCGACAUCAAAGGGACGGGCUCGUGGACACAGAUGCUGCUAAUCACGGACUACCACGAGCUCGGCUCGCUGCACGACUACCUCCAGAAACGCGUCCUCAAUCCGCACAUGCUGAAAACGCUCGCCCUCUCGCUAUCGUCCGGUGUCGCUCAUCUGCACACGGAAAUCUUCGGCACACCGGGCAAACCGUCGAUCGCGCACCGGGAUAUCAAGAGCAAAAACAUACUGGUGAAGCGGAAUGGUCAGUGUGCGAUUGCGGACUUUGGGCUGGCGGUGAAGUACACGAGCGAGUCGGACGAGAUACAGAUUGCGCCGAAUUCGCGCGUUGGUACACGGCGGUACAUGGCACCGGAGGUGCUGAGCGAAACGCUCGAUCUGAAAGUGUUCGAAGGAUUUAAAAUGGCGGACAUGUACUCGGUGGGGCUUGUGUUCUGGGAGAUGGCACGGCGCUGCAUAACGACCGUGCGGGGUGCGAAGAAUACGACCACGUGCGAGGAUUACGCCCUGCCGUAUCAGGAUGUGGUACCGUCCGAUCCGAGCUUCGAGGAUAUGUAUGCGGUCGUGUGCGUGAAGGGCGUCCGACCACCCAUCCCGCAGCGGUGGCAGGACGAGGACAUUCUCGUAGUAUUAUCGAAGAUCAUGCAGGAAUGUUGGCAUCCGAGCCCGGCCGUUCGGUUAACGGCGCUUCGGGUGAAAAAAACGCUUGUCAAGCUCGAGACGGACUGUACGAUUAAGAUAGUGUAAUGGCAGAGAAAGUAAGAGAGUGAUGCGUGUAGGAUGCCUUUCCCUUUUUGUAAGAACCCCUUAUUUAUUCUUCGCCAUGCCGUUGUGAAGCUCGUCGUGUCUGGAAGAGUGAUGGGUGCAAAGUUUUAUUUUGUAAAUAUGUUCAUAUGUCCCCGUGUUCCUCAAUAUUGUUUCUCCAAUAUCCUGUCAAAGUGUUGAUUUGUUUUCAUCUUCCUGUUUAGUUGUCCUGCUCCAUUUCACCUUUGCCUUGCUGUAUCCGGGUCGAAGAAAACGAAAAGGAUACGCACAUCACUCUUCCGAAUCGAUCCUUUUUCACGCGGAUUGACACGGGUUUCACACGUCGGCGAACUCUCUGUGUUUUUGUAUUUGCCAUAACUUAAACAGUAAGGUGUAUUAGACUUAAGAAAACAAUAGCGUUAGGAACUAUGGUAGCAACAGCAAUUGUGGACCGUUUGCUUAGUGUUUCGUUUUAAUUUUCUUUGCUCUAGAAAAUUCGACAACGAAGCAGCUAGUUUUGUGUGAGUGUCCAUACACCUGCCUAUACGUCGUAGGUUGUUUGUCGAAGAAAAUAGUCCGCCAAACGGGAUUCUCAACCGUUUGUAGGUUGGAUUUAGAGGAAAGACACAACACGUGUGUUUACGUGUGAGCAACUGUUAAUACAAGGCACAACAUUUUCAUUAACGCGGAUCCGUUCUGUGUCCCUCUAGAACUUCGUUCGGUUAUUUGCCUCCCAGCAAAUUCUUCUUUUCUCAAAUGCUGAGAAAUGAGAACCUUUAGUUUAGUGAAGAUGUGCGAGAGUUUCCACAAACUGUACAUAACUUAAGCGCGGUGCGAUUCUUUCAUCGCACCGUCAUGAGAGACUCUUCGUUUUUGAUAAGAGUCGUUCGUUUUGUUUUUAAUUAAGAUAGCUAUUUUAAUUUCUUACUAGUAGCAUACAAAAACAAAGCCAUCAUCAUAUGUUAUGUUCUCUGCUCGUGCCCUGCAGCGUACCUUAUUCGUUUUUGCGUAUAGAACAUAAAAGCAGGCAACAGCCAAUGCCGUGCACGGAACUGUAAGCAAAAGAAAGCAUGUGUGUCUGUACGUGUGUUAGAGUUAUGUAGAAUUUAUAAACAUGUUAGCAGAGUUUUGUUUUUCUUUCGGUACAACUGUGUAAGUAGGUUCUAUUUCUUUAAACAAAAACAACUUUGUAGUGUAGUGAAAUAAAACAAAAAAAUACAAUUCGA